UCGCUAUCUGAGACUGAGAGAGAGAAAAUGGCGGCGGUGAAAGCAGCGGUGGUUUUGCCACGGCCGGUGACGUUUGUGACGGGAAACGCCAAGAAGCUCGAAGAGGUCAAAGCUAUCAUCGGCGAUUCGAUUCCUUUCAAGUCUCUCAAACUCGACUUGCCUGAGCUUCAAGGUGAGCCUGAGGAUAUUUCCAAAGAGAAGGCUCGUUUAGCUGCUCUUCAGGUGAAUGGUCCAGUCUUAGUGGAGGAUACAUGCCUCUGUUUCAAUGCUCUGAAGGGGCUUCCUGGGCCAUACAUCAAGUGGUUUCUUGAGAAGCUUGGACAUGAAGGUCUGAACAACUUACUGAUGGCCUAUGAAGAUAAAUCAGCUUAUGCAUUGUGCGCAUUCUCUUUCUCGCAUGGUCCAGGUGCUGAACCUCUUACAUUUUUGGGGAAAACUCCGGGUAAGAUAGUUCCAGCAAGAGGACCAACUGAUUUCGGGUGGGAUCCAGUGUUUCAACCUGAUGGAUAUGACCAAACUUAUGCAGAAAUGGCCAAGGAAGAAAAGAACUUGAUAUCUCAUAGGUACAAGUCAUUAGCAUUGGUGAAAUCGCACUUUAAGGAGGCAGGCUAUGUGUUUCAGAAAGAUGAUGAUACCAUUUAA